UAUCCCUAACGUAUAUAAAUAAAGACGGAGACUUUCGAUGCCACUUGUACAACCGAUCACAAUGCAAAGUUAUCUUGGUAUCGUCACCGUAGCUGUCUUCAUUUUCACCUUGACAGGAAGUAAUGGUUUGCCUGGUCGGGGACUCGAUGUGCAAUCAGUAAACAGAACCAUCAAUGAUUUCUUCCGUAAUCUGAGUGAUCCACGUUUCAUAUCCCACGACAGCCAUUCCCAUUUGGGACACUCUGUUGAAUUAAACAAUGUGACAAUUGGCGGCAUUUCCAAUGUUCGUGCCUCUGUCAUACAAUUACCCAAAUUUCUGAAUAGAAAUGCACUCAUAGUCCUAAAUGCUCCCAAGCUUGAGAUCAAUGUUACUCAAUACAAUCUUGCUGGAAACACAACCUAUGGAAAUGGCAGCGCAAGGUUUAUUAUUGAAGAUGUAAAGAUCGAAAUCAAGGGUGUAAAGCGUCUAUUUAGAAACGAUAUAUCCAUUAAAAGCGUUUCACUCUCUGUCGGUCACGGACAGGUUGAUAUAACGGGCUUGUACAACGACGAAGAAAAGAGUAAGGCAAUUUCCCAAAAUAUGACGAGGUUUUUGAACAACGAAUUUAACACAAAUAAGAAAGUCCAAGCAAAAGUAAGUGAACGUUUAAAGCCACUAGUUGAAAAGUUAAAAAAUAACAUAUUUGGGAAUUGAUGGUGUUAACUGCAAAAAAGAUACUGGUCUAUCUAUUGUUGCCGUUUGUGUAAUAAACAAUGUACCUAUGCGUGUGAUUUUCAUUUAAAAAAAAACCUGGUCAUCAAUGCAUAACGGGAUAUCUAAGGUGAGUCAAAACUACUUCGGAAUCUUGUUAUAAAAAUGUAUGAUGGCAUGAAGAAAAGCUGUACCAGUACUGUAUCCACCGAGGUAUCCACCCUAGUUGUCUCGGUUUUUCCAUUGAAUACACACUACUUACGAUGUCAGUUACCUACUAUAUAAUUGAUAACUAUACAAUAAAGAUUAAUUUUGUUUCUAAAUACCUUAAUCGCAAAUAUUUAAAAAAAAUCAUCUUUUGAACACACACGUACUUCCUGUCUGCGUCACUCCAAUAAAUAUCUAUUGUAUUAUAAUAUACUUGUAUCAUAUGUCAACAUCAUGGUGUAUAAAAGAAUUGAAAUUUAAUUCAAGAUCAUCAACAAAAUUCCUUGGUUUCACAAUAGAUUUCUUCAGAAAUCGGUCAUAAUUGCAAAUUAUGAAAUGUUUGGAGUUGCUAUCUAAUCCAGAACCUCUUCAAUUUGCAAUAAUUGAUAAACAAUUUGGUAAUGUAUCCCUAAAUGUAAGGUAUAUAAAUAAAGGCUCAGAAUUUCGAUGCCAUUAGAUUUGUACAACAGAUCACAAUGCCAAGUAAUUUUAUUUUCGCCGUAGCUGUCUUUAUUUUGGCCCUCACAGGAACUAAUGGUUCUCCUGGUGGUGGACGCACGGUGCAGUCAGUAAACAGAACCAUCACCGAGUUCUUCCGUAAACUGAAUGAUCCACUUUUCAUAUCGCACGACAACUAUUCCCAUUUGGAACACUCUGUUGAAGUAAACAAUGUGACAAUCGGUGGCAUUUCCAAGGUACACGCCUCUGUCAUACGAUUACCCAGAUUUCUGAGUAGAAAUGUACUCAUAGUCCUAAAUGCUCCUAAACUUGAAAUCAAUAUUACUCAAUACAAUGUUACUGAUGGAAAGACAAGCUAUGGAAAUGGCAGCGCAAGGAUUAGUAUUGAAAAUGUGAAGAUCGAGAUUAAGGCCGUAAAGCCUCUAUUUAAAAGAGAUAUAUCCAUUAAAAACGUUUCAGUCUUUGUCGGUCACGGACAGGUUAAUAUAACUGGAUUAUACAACGACGAAGAAAAGAGUAUGGCAAUUUCCCAAAAUAUGACGAGGUUUUUGAACAACGAAUUUAACACAAAUAAGAAAGCCCAAGCAAAAAUUGAUGAACGAUUAAAGAAACUGAUUGAAAAGCAAAAACAUAAAAUGUUUAAGAUAUGAUGGUGUUCACUGUACAAAAAUAUGUCUCUGGUCUCUCCAUUGCUCCUAUUUGCAUGUAAUAACCAAUAAACAAUUUAAGAGUU